AUGGCCUGCAGGGUCAUCUUGAUAUCUGAUCUCAUUCGAUAUCACACUUGCUUGGGGUCUGCCUUUGUCGGAUACAACCAACGAGAUCCCCCUGGCACCCUUGACAGCCCGAACUCUGGCCGUGCGCAUCCGGCCCGUUGGUGUUUGGCGAAUUCCCCCCGCACAGACAAUGAAGACGACGCCGGUCGUGUCGUUGAUGGGGAACCCGAAAAGAGAAUGUUGUGUUUGCAUGUUGGUGCCGUAUUUGCUCGCGCAACUGCCGGCAUUCAUCGCCGGGGUCGAGGAAAACUAUUGGAGCGCGGCGUGGGCGGAACAGUCUUCCCUUCAGGCUUCUACUCCCCUUCACGUCCCCCAUGCGAAGGAUCGACCUGUUUCGGCCAAAUUCGAUGGAUCGUCCGCCCCAAAUUCGGAGGAUAUUGGCUUGGGAUGCGGGAGAAGCCGGGGGGUGAGGGGCCCUUUCUAAGUGGGCAAGCCACCAUCGACAGACAUGUCCAGGAUUGCAUCUUCGUGUUCUCUUUUUAUCGCGAUGGAAAUUGGCCCGCAAUCUUGUCGAUGGGGUUCAUCGUCGGCAUCAGGACGGGGUCCCUGCUGCUCGCCGCUGAACGGGCCCUUGCCAGUUCAGCCAACAACUCACGAGGCAGACUAGCAGUUGCUGGAGCUUGA